AUGGCGUCGAUUCACCCGGCAACUGAGUUGGAUUCAGUCUCCUCCACGCCUAGGUCGGAGCAGCACCACCUACAUGAUGACGUCUCCGCCGUGCAGCAACCGCUGAUUCGCUUCAUGUGCAGCUUUGGCGGCAAAAUCCUCCCCCGACCGCACGACAACCAGCUCCGUUAUGUAGGCGGCGACACCCGAAUCAUCGCCGUUCACCGUCACAUAACCUUCUCCUCUUUCCUCUUGAAACUUUCCAAGCUCUCCGGUACAAUCAAUAUAUGCAUAAAGUACCAGCUUCCAAGCGAAGAACUGGAUUCUCUGAUUACAGUCACUACAGAUGAGGAUGUAGAGAAUAUGAUGGAGGAAUAUGAUCGGCUCAGCCAGAAUCAGAAAACAGCUCGUCUCAGGCUUUUCCUCUUCUCGACGGAUGCUGAUUCGAGAGCCUCUAGUAUCAGCUCCCUCCUCGACGGCUCCGCUAAGCGGCAAAACUGGUUUUUCGAUGCUCUCAAUGGAGGCUCGGGUCCGGUUCUGGAGCGUGGGCAGUCCGAGGUCUCGUCAAUUGUAUCUGAAGUUACGGAUUAUUUAUUUGGGUUGGAUAAUUCGGAUGAUGCUAUAAGAGAAUCCAAAUUAAGGAACAAGAACCUUCUGAACGACAAUGUAUCGUUUUCGGAUCCGGGCUCACCAGCUCCGGUUGUUCCUUCGCCGUUUUGCUCCACCUCAUCAUCUCUGGCACCACCUAGUACGCCUGGGAUUCCGGAUCUUCCGCCGGUGAGAACGAAGCCUGUUAACCCAAACCCGCUUCCUGCAGUUGAGCCCAAGGAAAGUCAAGCAAUUGAGGGUGGUGUGGCUGAGGUGGUGACUGACAAAAUGGGUCCUCCACAAUCCGGAUAUGCGGGUGCUCCAACAUGGCACUAUCCGGGUCAAACAGUGCAACAUGUACCUGCUGUGUAUUAUGUUCCGGGAACUGCACAACCUGGAAGUAAUCCGUUUCCACCUGUUCCAAUCCGAACUCAGUAUAUUCAACAAAUCCCUCUUGCUCCGGGUCAAAUACCAGUCGUGUAUCCUCAAUCUCAACCCGUACCUGGUGUCAAUCGAGUUUAUGGUGCUGGAGUGAUGCAAUAUGAAAUGCCUACACGGGUUAUGCCUGAAAGUGCAAACCAAACAGUGUAUUAUGCAACCCGAAAUGCUGCUGCUGCAAUACCGAGUUCUUAUCCGGGUAUCGUGGUUUCGGGCGGGGAAGAAAUGCAGGGAUCCGGAACAGAUGGUAUGGCGAGUCGGAUUUCUCAUGGAUCUUGA